UCUGGAAGGGCAGUAACGUCAAACGGCUGUUGCCCCAAUCCGGGAGCUCCUCAUAACGCCCGGCGAGCGCUGCCUGGGCUGCAGGCGCUGAUUGGAUGCUGAAGCCGGCGGGGAGACGCGAGUGCGGGCGUCACGGGGAUUCGAAGGACAUGGGCGGGGCUCAGGGCGAGUGCAGCGCUGGGCUUCCAGGACGUUCUAGAAGGCGGCAGCCGAUUGGCCCCGCCCCCUGGCUCGAGAGCGAGGCUUCCCGGAAGGCAACCCGGCUACUGGGGCGGAAGUUCACGUCCUUUCUGUUUCCGGGGCAGCGGAUCAUUCCCCUUAGUCUUCGUUUCACAUCUGCUAAAGCCAGCUUCGAAGUUGCCGGUGCGGAGGCGGACACAAGUGAAAACGAGGUUGUCGCCCCGGAUUUCGCCAACCGGAACCCUCGGAACCUGGAGCAGUUGGCGCUCGCCAGGAAGGAGCGCGGCUGGGAAACCACUUGGCCCAGCAGAGAGUUUUGGCGUAGAUUACGGUUUGAACGGACACAGCAGUAUGUGGAAGCCUUUGUUGAAGAUCCCAGGGGGAAUAUUGUUGUCUCGGCCUCUACCCAGGAGUGGGCUAUAAAAAGACAUUUAUACAGCCCUAAGGGUGUGGUAGCAUGUAAGAAUAUUGGACGUGUGCUGGCACAACGCUGUCUGGAAGCAGGAAUCAACUUUGUGGAAUUCAAAGCUGUUGUCCCUUGGGAACGCCACUAUGACUCGUUCCAGAGUUUUGAAAAAGCCAUGACAGAUGGUGGUGUUGUCCUGCGGGAGCCACGAAGAAUCUAUCAAUAACAUGGAGACUGCUGGAGAAAGUUCUUGUGAAGGAAAAUCAAGAGUCAUGUAGAAAAGGGCACCGGAGAAAUUAAGAUCCAGAGCUGCAACACAUUGGAGUACAGUAUCUUAAAAUAAAGUUUUAUUUAAUAAAA